AUGGCCCGCGCCCUGCUGUUUGCUUGUCUGGCCGCUCUGGUCCUUCAGCUAUGUCAAAGCAAGGCGCAACAAGAUAAUAGUCCAUUCCGCCCCGGCUUCAGCGGGGGUGCGUUCGGUGGUGCCGCGGAGGAGGCAAUCGGGAACGCGUUUGAUGCAAUUGGCGACGGAGUGGGUAAUGCUGGUGGCGAGGCGGCGGGUGGAAUCGGCAACGCGUUUUUUGAUGCAGUUAGCGACGGACUGGGUAAUGCUGGUGGCGAUGUGGCGGGUGGAAUCAGCAACGCGUUUGAUGCAGUUGGCGACGAACUGGGUAAUGCUGGUGGCGAUGUGGCGGGUGGAAUCGGCGACGCGCUUGGUGCAAUUGGCGAUGGGUUGGGAAAUAUCGGAGACGGGACCGAUGUGCUUAAUAAGGUUCCUGCCAAUCAAUUGGACUUACUUGUAUUGUCUUCGGCACCGUCCGUCCAUGCCCGUUUUGGCCAGGUUCUGACUCUGCUAGGCAGUGGCUGUGUGGCGUAUAUUAUACUGUAA